AUGGAGAACCAAACCAAAGUGGAACAAUUCAUUUUGCUGGGACUAAAGAAUGAUUUGCAAUUCCAGUAUAUAACAUUUGGAAUUUUUCUUCUGUUGUACUUGGCCACAUUAAUGGGGAAUGGAGCUAUUGUGAUGGUAGUUUUAGCUGAGCCUCGCCUUCACAAACCCAUGUAUUUUUUCCUUGGAAAUCUUUCCUCCCUUGACAUCAUUCACUCCACAAUAACUAUUCCAAAGAUGCUACAAGGAUUUCUAGUAGAGCUACAAACCAUCUCCUUCAAUGGCUGCAUGGUCCAGCUCUUCUUCUUCUACUUCAUUGGUGGAACUGAAGGCAUACUUCUUGGAAUCAUGGCCUAUGAUCGCUAUGUUGCAAUAUGCAACCCUUUGCGUUAUACUCUCAUCAUGAGAAAAGAUAUCUGUAUCUUAAUGGCAAUAGCUGCCUGGUCUAUGGCCUUUUUCCAUGCCUUGAUGCAUACAAUCAUGACUGUUCAUCUUCCUUUCUGUGGACCAAAUAUAAUUGAGCACUUUAUCUGUGACAUCAAGCCUUUGUUAAAACUGGCCUGUGGAAGCAUACACCUCAAUCUCAUGCUCCUCAGUAUUGUAACCAGCUGUGUUGUUAUGAGUCCUUUUAUCUUCAUACUCUUCUCCUACUUUUAUAUUAUUACUUACCUUCUCUUUAAAGUGCAAUCCAAAAGUGGUUGGCAAAAAGCCUUCUCCACCUGUGGAUCCCAUCUAACUGUAGUGGCUUUAGUCUAUAUUCCUGUGUUGUUCAACUACAUGCUUCCCAGUGUGGGUACCUCCUCUCAGCAAGACAUGACAAUAACACUCAUAUAUAGUGCAGUUACUCCAGUACUGAACCCAUUUAUUUAUACCCUGAGAAACAAGGAAGUUAAAAUGACAUUGAGAGUGAUUUUUGGCAGAAAAAUAUUCACCUUUUGGUAA